AUGAUUAAAACUUUUACUAGGGAUUUAGUAAGUGAAAUAACCUAUUGCUUGAAAGUACUCGAAUCAUCCAAUAACUCAUCAAGAAAACAAAUUAAAGAUAUUUCAAUAGUUGAUUUUAUUAAUCCAAAGUUGAAAAAUAUCGUUCAGCUCAUCUACCAGAUUGAAUUAAAGCUCAUCCCUCAAACCGUUAUUGAUUACUAUAAUUAUAAGACUAAACUGGACCUUAUUUUCCAAUUACUUACUAAACUAAUCCAUAAACAUUACUUAGAACAUGCAUUACUCAUUCAACUGGAAGAAUUAAGUAAUACUGAUACCCCGGCCACCAUUGAUUUAUCGAAUCCGGCAGAAUGGUUCCCUGAAGCUCGUAAAAUGAAACGUAAACUUAUAAUGCACGUUGGUCCAACAAAUAGUGGUAAAACUCAUAAUUCAUUACAAAAAUUUGCAAAAGCUAAAUCAGGUUACUACGCUGGCCCUUUAAGAUUACUAGCAAGAGAGAUUUACGAAAGAUUCCAAAAUCAAGGUAUAAAAUGUAACUUAAUCACCGGUGAAGAAGUUAUUCCUUCCAUAGAUGAAUUCGGUAAAGUUAGUGAUUUAUCUAGUGGGACUAUUGAAAUGAUUCCAAAUAAUAAAAGAAUGGAAAUUUGUAUUAUUGAUGAAAUUCAAAUGAUUGCUGAUCCAAAUAGAGGAAGCGCUUGGACAAACGCCGUUUUAGGGGUGCAAGCUAAAGAAGUUCAUAUGUGUGGUGAAGAAAGUGCCGUUCCCUUGAUUAAAAGAUUAGCUUCAAUCACUGGUGAUGAAUUAGAAAUUAAACAUUAUAAAAGAUUGGGUAAAUUAACUGUUCUUGAUGAACCUAUUGGUAAUUUCAAUAAUUUAAAAUCGGGUGAUUGUGUUGUUGUUUUCAGUAAACGGAAAAUUUUAGAAUUGAAAUGUUCAAUAGAAAAACAAACUAAGUUUAAAGUUGGAGUAAUUUAUGGGGCUUUACCUCCAGAAAUUAGGUCAAAGGAAGCCGCAUCUUUCAAUAAUGAAGAAUACGAUAUCUUAGUUGCUUCUGAUGCAAUUGGUAUGGGUCUUAAUUUAAAAAUUAAAAGAAUUGUCUUUUGGCAAACUCAUAAAUUUAACGGUAAUGAAAUGGAACCAUUAUCAGUCUCAGCAACAAAACAAAUUGCUGGUAGAGCCGGUAGAUAUAGUGAAAAAUUCGGUGAACUGGAAGGUUUUGUCACUGCUUUCCAUCAAAGAGAUUUAAAUUUCAUUCAAAAGACAAUGUUAAGAACUCCAAGUCAUAUAAAAAAGGCCAUCAUUUGGCCAACUCAACAAAUUUGGUUAUACUAUAUUAGUAAAUUCCCCAAAGGUACUUCCUUUUUCGAUAUUCUAAAACAGUUUGAACAAGAAACUUUUCAAAAACAAAAUUCUUAUUAUGAAUUAUCGGAAUUAGAUGAAAAAUUUCAAAUCUUACAACUUUUUUUAACAGAUAACUUAUACCAAAAAACCUUAAUCUAUGAUCAGUUGGCUUUAAGUAUAGCUCCCAUCAAUGCACUGAUUGCUUCCGACCAAUUCAUCACUACGGCUUUCGAAUACUUCAGAACAAUCAGUAACUGUGAAUCAAAAUCCGUUCUUGAUUUUAACUUUCUUCAUACAAAACUCCUACAGAAAUCUCCCGGUCUCGUAUCCAAUGAUGAUAAUUUUGUCAAGAUCUUGAACGCUCUAGAAGAAAAUCAUAAACUAGUCUUGCUAUUUCUCUGGCUAAGUCAAAGAUGGCCUAAUCUAUUCGUUGAUAAAGAGAGUGCUAGUGAUAUAAAAACCUUGAUUGAAAAACGUAUAAGCGAAGAAUUGGUCAACAUGCGUAAAAUCUUGAAUGCUCAACGUAAAACAAAAAGCUACCCGUAA